AUCAAAGCCAAUCAUAACCAAUAAUCAAAGAAAGACGUAGUUUAAAAACGAUGCACCUCAAAAGCACCUUAUAAGAAUCCCCUUUCAUAAUUUUAUUCACCCAACAACACCUUGCCACGUUCCCUUUUCCUUCAUUACCAAUUUCUCUCUUCUUCUCCAGUCUCCACCUCUUUCUUUACCAAACGGUCAAACCCCCUCUGGAAAAAAAAAAAAAAAAAGAAAAAAGACCAGCUAUGACCACCUACGGCACAAUCCCGACCUCUUCAUCGGGACCUUCUUCGAAUCUGGAGUACCUCUCUCGGGCCAAAGCGCGCAUCAGGGAAGGUCUCGCCACUCGCCGCCCAUGGAAGUUCAUGUUCAACUUCCACUCCUUCGGAUUGCCUUCCGGCUUUGGAGAUUUCAUCGGGCGUCUCCGUAAAAACGCCUCCUACUUCCGUAUGAAUUACGCCAUCAUCUUCCUCCUCAUACUCUUCCUCAGCCUCCUCUGGCAUCCUAUCUCGCUGAUCGUGUUCGUGGUCAUGAUGGCGGUUUGGCUUUUCCUUUACUUCUUGCGCGAGGAGCCGCUCGUGAUCUUUCAUCGCACCAUUGACGACCGACUGGUGCUGGUCGUGCUCUCGGUGUUGACGAUCGUGUUCUUGCUUUUGACGCAUGCCACGCUUAAUAUCUUGGUGGCACUGCUGAUUGGUUUGGUGGUGGUUGUUCUACACGCCGCAAUUAGGAAGACCGACGAUUUGUACGUGGAUGAGGAAAACGCUGCUUUGAUUAGUGCUUGAUCUUAUUCCUUUUCAUAAAUUUCUUUCUUUUUUCUUCUAAUUUUUGGUUUUUGUUUUAGUUUCUGUUUUUUUAUUGAGUAAAUUUUAAUUUUAUUUUAUUUUGUUUA